GCUUUUAAGAAGCGCGGAAGGCGCUUGGAGAUGGUUCACUCGCGCUCUCGACCAGCUCGCUUUAUAUACUACUGCUAAAUUUAGGCCAUUUACCCGCGUACGAUUCUCAUCCUGGACGUGUUUCCUGAGCCAACUACAAUUGGUUCAAGUUCUCGGCUAACUUGCUGAUAUCCUACCAAUCGCAGGCUCCCGCUGAACAACUUUAAACCAGUACUGUACUUAAUCCGAGCUCGCAGUCCCCUCUGCUAGAAUUUUUGGAGACUCUUGCUUUAAAAGCGACAAGCAGCUGCGAGCCCUACUUUUUCCCAUGCAAACCUUCUCCUGCUGAAGUCAACCAGUUCGGGUUUUGAGAGGCAGAUAUGGCUCUGAGCGGCACCAUCCUGCCAUCCAUUUCUACAUUCGCAGCCCCCAAGACCUGGGACAGACAGGAGUCUUGCAAUAAAUGGAAAAACGACCCGGGCCUGAAGCAGCCUCAGAAUCACUGCCCCAUGACGGAUUUUAUACAGUAUUUGGAGAACUUCACGCGGGCCAACGACACAGAUGAUGACCUGAGCUUGCUGGAUGUGGAUUUUAUUCUCUCCAACACCAUGUGCAGUGACCCUGCCGGGGGAGCGGAGUAUACCCUGGCUGAAGGAGGAGAUGUCAACCCUUUCUACGAGAAGAGUAACUCCCUGGCAUACAGUGUGCCUGAGGUUGGGGAGUCCCCUGCCUACAGUAUGAUGGCCGAGUUAAUGCGCUCGGACACGGACUACAACGCGGUGCAGGGCUGCUUCGUGCUCACCCCGGUCUACCCCAGCCAGGAUUUAGCCAAACCUGCCAAGAGUGAGCCGGGUCUGGAUGGUUACGGUCACGGGGGGGUGAGCAUGGAGCCAGAGCCGGCCUGCCUCCGGGUUAAGCGGGAGGACGCCGUCUCUUGCCUGGUGGGUUACAGCGAGCGGCAGCGGCUGGGUAGCUCCCCGCAGGCCGGGGGCAAUGUGACACCCCCCCUCAGCCCCGGGGACCUAAUGAACUCCGGGGAGUGCCAACAGCAGCAACAGCAACAGCAGCCCCCGCCUCUCUGCCACCCCAGCAGGAUGCUGUACCAGCCCAGCUACCCCUUCCCUCAUCAGCACCUCCACUACCCCAACCAGUACGGCCUCUUCGAUGACCCGGUACCACUGCAGCCUUCCCCGGCUCAGAGGGUCAUGCUGACUCCGCCGUCGUCCCCCCUGGAACUUCUGGACAGCAAACCCAAGAGAGGCCGGCGAUCCUGGCCCAGGAAGAGGACGGCUACCCACACCUGCAGUUACGCCGGCUGCGGAAAGACAUACACCAAGAGUUCUCACCUGAAGGCACACCUCCGGACACACACAGGUGAGAAACCAUAUCAUUGCACCUGGGAAGGAUGCGGCUGGAAAUUCGCCCGUUCCGACGAGUUGACCCGUCACUACCGCAAACACACCGGCCACCGACCCUUUCAGUGUCACAUGUGCGAGAGAGCGUUCUCCAGGUCGGACCACCUAGCCCUGCACAUGAAGAGACACAUCUGACCAGCAACACCCCACACUCACUCACACACACACACACACACACACACACACACUCACACACUCACUCACACGCGCACACACACACACACACACACACACACACUCACACCCCCCCCCACACACACACACACACACACACACACACCCCACACACAGACACACACACACACCCCACACACACACACACACACACACACACACACACACACACAGAGGCUGCCUUAAAAAAGUUAGAAUAUUUACAAACAAACAAAAAAGUGCUUCUCAAAACCAAAGGCAAUUAUUUAAUAACCUACCAAGGUUGGACACUUCAUUGGGGAUUUGUAGCUGGACCUACCGCCCUGUUACUGGGCAGCGAAGAAGAAACCAAAGACAGUGGGCGAAUUGAAACAGGCGAUGGAGAGACAUGGGAUGGGGAAUCUCCAUCCUCAGACACUGGGCACAGUAACUGUUUAUGAAGACAAGUGUCCCUCGUGACUCACUGCAUAGAAGAAUGAUUUUAGUGACAGGGUCAAAUGUAUACAGUUUACAUUGGCGCUAUGUUUGUGUUCGAUGCAAGACAAAAACAAGUCCUGCCAUUUGUUUUUAAAAAAAAAGAACACGGGACGAGGUUACACAGAGAAGUUGCCGGAGCCUUUUUUUCUUUUUGGCGCUUUCUAGUAACUGAGAGAGUUCAGUCGAUGUACGGAACGCGGCUAGUUAACACUGCCCACAGUUGUAGCCUUGUAUUCAGUGAGCUUCGAAUCGAAUCAAUAUCUUUGUCAUUGUUGUGUCCGCUUUUUCUAAACAAAAAAUCUGAGUGGACCCGCCAAUGGGUCCGAGCGAAUGUUGCGUUUUUCUGACCGACGACAACCGGGUGAUGGUCCCCCCUCUUCCCACUCCAGACCUCACCCGGUGAAGAGCACAGAAAGAUCCCACAGCAACUGAGGUGCAAUAAUUCACAUGCAAUGUCUGUCCCAUCUCGGAGUUACACUAGACAAGGCUAGAUGUCUUGUAGUUAAUAAUUGUAUUUUAUCUGACUUGAUCUUGAAGUAAAUGUAUAUAAUAUUUUGUAAUAAAAGUUAUUGUAUUAUGUAAAUGUAAAGGAACUGGAUGACUUUCAAA